AUGUUAAGAACCUCAAGAACCGGUAUGUUGUCGUUUUUCUCCAUGAUUUCUCUUCUCCUUCUUCUUCUCUCCCUUUCGUCGGCGGUUAUCUCCGAUGACUCGUCUUUCAAGAAACUUCCGGUGCCUGAAAAUAGGUCAGGCCCUGAAGCUUUCGCCUUUGAUUCCACCGGAAAAGGAUUCUACACUGGAGUCUCCGGCGGGAAAAUCCUCAAGUACCUUCCCGACACGGGUUAUGUCAACUUUGCACAGAUCACAGAAUCCUCGGACGAGUGGACUACACGCGACCUUGCUAAUUCAUCGUGUUUAUCGGCGUACGUUAGUAAUGUGUCGAACUCUUCGUGGUGCGAUGGAGUACUUGGAACCGUUUUAGCCGGAAAAUGCGGUCGACCGGCAGGGAUAGCCUUCAAUGAGAAAACAGGUGACCUCUACGUCGCCGAUGCUCCGUUAGGUCUUCACGUUGUUUCUCCCGCCGGUGGCUUGGCCGUAAAGAUCGCCGACAGUGUUGACGGAAAGCCCUUCAAGUUUCUCGAUGGUCUUGACGUUGAUCCCACUACUGGUGUCGUCUACUUCACUUCCUUUAGCUCACGCUUCUCCCCAAUCGAAGUGGUGAUUGCAUUGGGACUAAAGGAUGCGACCGGAAAGCUCUACAAGUACGACCCAUCAACCAAAGUCGUGAGUGUAUUGAUGGAAGGACUAAGUGGCUCAGCCGGUUGUGCCGUGAGCUCGGACGGUUCGUUCGUGCUGGUCAGUCAGUUCACAAAGAGUAACAUCAAGAGGUAUUGGAUCAAGGGACCCAAAGCUGGCUCUUCUGAAGACUUCACCAACUCUGUCUCGAACCCUGACAAUAUCAAGAGGAUCGGCUCUACUGGAAACUUUUGGGUCGCUUCCGUCGUGAACAAGAUCAUCGUGCCUACGAACCCAUCAGCUGUCAAAGUCAACUCUAAUGGUGAAGUGCUUCAGACAAUUCCUCUCAAAGAUCAAUUUGGAGACACUUUGCUUAGCGAAGUUAACGAGUUUGAGGGUAAUCUUUACAUCGGAACCCUCACGGGACCUUUUGCUGGAAUUCUUAAGCUUUAA